AUUAUUUUAAAUAUUAUGGAGGACCAACUAAACCACAUUUUCAGUGAACAUCUUCAAUGACAGAUAGAGUUCAGGCCAGUGCAAGCAGACCACGACAAAUUUGGCGACUAUUCUUUUGAUAUAGGAAAGACUUGAGGAGAAGAAGCUAGAAAGAAAUAUUUGCUGAAUACUUGACAUGAUGAGAACUAUAAUUACCAAGCGCAGAAACUUGUAGAUAAGAUGAACUUAGUACUAGAGGAAGACCAUUUGCAGCUAGAGUCAGGCUCUUUGUCUCAGGUCAGUCACUUCAAGCUUAAAGGGACUCACAUCUGCUGAUAUCUACGUAAGGAGGCUCGAAUAGAUGAUGAAAAUAAGCUUUAUGCUAAAUCCGCAAGAGAUUAUUCAUUUUUCUCUUCAAACCAACAUCUUGGGUUUGAAAAAUUUGAUGGUCGAAUUGAUCUAUCAAAAGACUUUUGUGAUGACAAGAAUGUUACUGGGGUAGCAAUGGAAUCAAUCAGAGAUAUCAGAAGCCAAAAUAGUUUUGAAAGCAAGAAAGACGAGCUGGAAUUCAUCAACCAGACAAGCGACACUUCAGAGGUGCAAUGAGCCAAGCCAAUUGGACUUGCAAAGUCUCCACUCAGAGAGAAGUAUGGAGUACCUAAAGAUUGACUAUUUGUGCCGAAUCUUUUCACCCAAGUCGAGAUGAAUGAAGAAAUUUGAGAGCAAAUUCAAGAUAUAAUCGAAGAAUCAAGGUAUGUAUGGAUUCUCCAUACUCCUGAUAAUGCUCGAAGAUGACUUUCUGAUACAGAAGAAAUUCUAGAGGAGGAAGAGCUUAGAACUUGUCUGAAUACUAUGCCUAUGUGAGACAAGGUGUGGUCCAUAGGCUUUGUAGAAGAAAUUAACGACUGAAAUUUGAUCAUUUCUGGAGCUAGAAUCAUUCAUCACUCGAUUAUUUGUGAUAUCAGAAGAUUAACCUCAGAAAUCAUCACAAAGCUGCCUAAGGAAUUUAUGAAGCUUUCUAACAUCUCACAAGCAAUGGUGGAGAACAUCUGUAAAGGUCCAGGAUUUGCAGAAGAUUACAUUAAAGAAGAGAUUGACUGAAUCUCGAAGUCGAUUCAUACAGUCUUAUACAAAAAAGAAGUUUCUGAAGAAUUAGAUAUCCUUGUGAAACAGGGUAAACUUGAGUUCUAUGAUUCGCCACUUGCGAUCAAAUCUCGUUUAAGUAUUAUCCUUAGCCUUGGGCCGGAAUGCAUUAGUAUUCCCUCCUCAGACGAAGCCAGGACAAUUAAGGUAAUAUCAUUUGAUAACCUAGUGGUGAUUUACCACGAAAAUAAUGAUAGUAUCAAGGUCCUGAAAGUUAUCUGGGGGACCCACUUUGUGGAAUCAGCCAGAGUACAUACUUCCAGCUGGGUGAAGACCUUGGUAAAAGCCAUUGGCUUAGAAGAAUAAUUUACACGAUAAAUAAUUGGU